GUCAAAGAAAUCAACCGGAUAAACGAGCGCGAAUUGGAACUAGGAGGUACUGCUAGUUGGCAUGACGAGUAUAAGGACUCUGCCUACAUCUUUGUGGGCGGGCUGCCUUACGGUAUCACAGAGGGGGACCUUAUUGCCAUCUGCUCCCAAUAUGGGGAGAUCAUGGAUGUGAACAUGCCAAGAGACGUGGAAACCGGCAAAACUAAAGGGUUUGGCUUUGUCAUGUACGAAGACCAGCGUUCAACCAUUCUUGCCGUUGACAAUCUCAAUGGAGGAAAGGUUCUUGAUCGGACUAUUCGAGUUGAUCACGUCAAGAAUUACAAGCAAAGAAAGGUGAAAAAUGAAGCGGGAGAGCUAGUGGAACCUGAGGAACAGAGUCUCAACGCCAAGCCUGAGCUCAUCCGAGUUUCUUUUGUAGAAACUGUAUCCUCCAUGCCUUCGAUAGACCCCGAAGAUCCAAUGCGCGAUUACCUUUUGGCCAAACACAAGGAAGAAAAACAACACCGAAAGAAGCGUGGCAGAAAACGACCUGAGACGGAAACUCCCGAGGAGAGACAGUUACGAAGGGAGCGAAAACGUGCGAGAAGAGAGACUCGCGAAAGAGGAGAUGGCCACCGGGAUCGGGAUCGGGACCGACAUCGUGGGCGUGCAUAUUCACCUUCGAGUCACAGGCUCCAUUCCAGCAAGCGCUAUCCGAGUCUGUCACCGAGACGCUCAUAUAAACGUCACUCUUUGUCCCCCGUUCGGAGGGAUGAGGGGGAUUCCAGGUUAAUGGGAAACCGCUCUGAUACGCGGCCUGGCGGCAGCAGAAGAAUUUAG